AUGCGCAAAGCAUGGUGCGGAAAAACGAAGAAGGAAUUACUACAAACAGUUGCUAUAUCUAAUUGUAUACCUAUUUGUGUAAUCUCGGGCAGGUUUGAGACUACGUUAUUGACGCUGAAAACCCACCCAUCGACGCUACUGGGCGAUGAUCGAAAACGUCUGAAGGCCUACUUUAACCACACAAAGCAAGAAUACUUUUUCAAUCGAAACAGACCAAGCUUCGAUGCAAUUCUCUACUACUACCAGAGCUUUCAGUGGCAUCCCGAAAUGGGCGGGCGAUUAAUUAGACCCAGCAACGUGCCAGUUGACGUAUUUGCAGAAGAAAUAAUUUUUUUCCAAUUGGGCGAACAUGUUUACGAAAGAUUUCGUGAGGAGGAAGGCUUCAUAAAAGAAGAAACGCCACCAAUGCCGCAGAGUCACGUUCAAAAGACCUUAUGGCGUUUGUUUGAGUACCCCGAGACGUCGAUGGCGGCUACAAUAAUAGCAAUCGUGUCUGUGAUUUUCAUAUUAACGUCAAUCGCAGCAUUUAUCAUAGAAACGUGGCCACCAUUCCCGGAAAAAUACAAAGAUAACACCGUUUUGGCUGACAACCCAUUCUUUAUCGUGGAAUCCACUUGCAUUGCCUGGUUUACAGUUGAAUUCAUAGUUAGAUUCAUCUGCUCUCCGUUUAAGUUGCCGUUUUUGUUUAGUUUUCUUAAUAUCGUCGACAUUGUUGCCAUUGUUCCGUAUUAUAUCACCGUGUUUCUUUGGGCAGUCGCAGACGGCUCUUCGAACCAAGCUUCCAAUCUCGCAAUCUUACGGGUGUUCCGUCUUAUUCGUGUCUUUCGCGUGUUGAAAUUAUCAAGGCAUGCCUCCGGCCUCCAGGUUCUUGGCAAGACCAUAAGUUCUAGUGUCAAAGAGUUAGCCAUGCUCACAUUCAUUUCAUACUCUAUCAGCGUUAUUCUCUAUGGAGCUGCCAUCUACUUCGCCGAGCAUGAAGAGAAUGAAGAGAUGUUUGCCAGUAUCCCACAUUCUUUCUGGUGGGCACUAAUCACCAUGACAACUGUAGGCUACGGCGACGCGUAUCCGAUCACUGGCUGGGGUAAGCUGGUGGGUGCACUAUGUGCAAUUACUGGCGUGUUGAGUAUUGCUUUACCCGUACCCGUGAUCGUAUCCAACUUCAGCUACUACUAUCACAGAGAAAAAGACCAAACUGUAUACGCGGACUAUCUGUUUACUGACGACAAAACGGUCACUGAGGACUCAGAUAAUAUCGGCUUUAUAAACGACCACUUGUGAUAGACUUUUACUGUGUUCCUAAUCGUUGCACUUGCAAUAACGCCAGCUCAUGCAUCUACCUCCACAUGAGCAUUAAGCAGUGGGUUCGUUUCGUUGUACUUGCUAUAAGUUUAGAAUUCUAGAUAUUUUAGAUUAAAAAAAAGAGUUUCAAAUGGAUACGCCCAAAAGUGUUAUCGCAACAAUAUGAAUUUAAAUAAUGUUUCAUUCUUUGAUUAAGGCUGGACAUGCAGUUACAUAUGCCAUGCAUGUAGCACAGUAUCGCUAUCUGUUGACUUAUUAAAAUUUAUUACUGUUACGUCAGCCAUGCAGUGCGCGGGGUAUAUAAUUAUGAAUGAAAGGCAUCGGUAUAUAUUUUUAAUGUCAUGUCACUGCGACAAGAAUGUGUUCUCUAUAUGACAGGAGUAGGAAAGGAGGCUUGUGCCUAGAAGCAUACUAUCAACGUCCGAGUACGGAUAUGCAUUUCACUACCCGUGUUGUUGUAUUACCACGUGCUAUUAAAUGCCUACAAAACAAUAAUACCCUAAAUGUUUUUGUUGUAUAUUGUAUAUACACGCAUCGACCGUCGGCGCUUGCAGCUGACUACCUGCACGUUACUACAUCGCUGUAUCACUACCUGCACGUUACUACAUCGCUGUCUCACUACCUGCACGUUACUACAUCGCUGUAUCACUACCUGCACGUUACUACAUCGCUGUAUCACUACCUGCACG